UGGAGGCGGAAGUGGCGGCGCGGGCCCCGGGAGUAGGAAGGAGCCGGGGCUGCAGCCGGGGCUGCAGCCGGAGCGGAGCGGCUGCCAGCCGAGGAGCAGGCGCGGCCGCGGCGCCAUAUUGCGGCCCCAAGCGGCCGCGACCGAGUCAUGGCCGAGACCUACGACUUCCUCUUCAAAUUCCUGGUGAUUGGCAGUGCAGGAACUGGCAAAUCAUGUCUCCUUCAUCAAUUCAUUGAGAAUAAGUUCAAACAGGACUCCAACCACACAAUCGGCGUGGAGUUUGGAUCUCGGGUGGUCAACGUGGGUGGGAAGACUGUGAAACUCCAGAUUUGGGACACAGCCGGCCAGGAGCGGUUUCGGUCGGUGACACGGAGUUACUACCGAGGGGCGGCUGGAGCCCUGCUGGUGUAUGACAUCACCAGCCGGGAGACGUACAACUCGCUGGCUGCCUGGCUGACCGACGCCCGCACGCUGGCCAGCCCCAACAUCGUGGUUAUCCUCUGUGGCAACAAGAAAGACCUAGACCCCGAGCGCGAGGUCACUUUCCUAGAGGCCUCCCGCUUUGCCCAGGAGAAUGAGCUAAUGUUCCUGGAGACUAGCGCCCUCACGGGUGAGAACGUGGAAGAGGCUUUCCUGAAGUGUGCCCGCACCAUCCUGAACAAGAUCGACUCAGGCGAGCUCGACCCCGAGAGGAUGGGCUCAGGCAUUCAGUACGGGGAUGCUUCACUCCGCCAGCUGCGGCAGCCUCGGAGCGCCCAGGCCGUGGCCCCUCAGCCCUGUGGCUGCUGAGAUGUGUGCUGAGCCAGAACCACCCAUGGCUCCCAGGGUCCAUGGCACAGAGCCGAAGCUCCUAGCCUGGUGUUUACCCCUGCCAGCCUCACCUGCCUCAACUCACACCUCUCCCCACCGCUCAGGCCGCCGCAGCCACCCUGAAGUUCUUCCCGUUUCUCUGGGUCUUUAUUCAUGCUCUUCCCUCUGCCAAGAACACUGUUCCUUCCCUCUCUUCCCUCCUUCCCCUCCUCCAGGAAGCCUUGCUUCCACACUCCUUGCUGGGCUUGUGAGGUCCUACAGGAUGAGGUCCCAUUCCCAUCUUUUCGAGAGUGUGUAUGUCUUGCCAGUUCCCCCCCUGUGCUUCACGUCCCCCCCGCACCUGCCCCAGCUUCCAACCAUUGGCGGCUUCAGGGCGGCUGUGGGGAAAGAGCUCAGACCUUGGAUAUACUUUGAAGGCAGAGCCAACAUGAUUUCCUGAUGAAUGGAUAUGGCAUUUGAGAGAGAGGAGCCAAGGGUGAGUGCUUCAGGCAGCCCUCUUUCCUUCCAUGCCUCCGCAUCUGCUGUGCCUCGGCUCGGCGUGCCUGUCCUCCAGCCUCCUUUCUUCUGCCAGCUGCCCCUCAUCAUCUGGUCUUUGCUAGAAUGAUUCUUCCUGCAGGAUACCUUUAUCAGCUUCCCAGUUGGGGUCACUACCUCUAGCCGGCUGGUCUCACAGCUGCCCCCUACUUUUUAAAGCAUUCAGCUCCGAACACUUGACCAUUAUUGUAUUUGUCUUCCCCAUCUGAGAAGGGAAGGAGGUGACAGGUCAGAGAUUCCAGAGCGGGGCUGCCUGGGUUUGAACUCUGACUUGUCACUUCCUACCUGUGUGACUGGGCAAAUUACUUAAUCACUCUGGGUUCUUGGUUUCCUUACCUGUAAAAUGGGGCUAAUAAUAGUACCUACCUCUUCUGGGUGUUGAGAAGAUUAAUUGCAUCAAUUCAUGUAAAGUCCUUAGCAUAGGGGCUGACGCUUAGUAAAGAAAUGAGGGCUGGUUAUUAUUUUUCUUUUUACUAUCCGUUUUAAAGAGUCUGGGCUGCGUAGAAAUGGAUGGGUGUGUAUUCUUCACCUGAGGGCUUAGUAUAGCGUCCGUUUCAGAGUUUGCCCUCAGUGAAUCAAAGGUAAUGAGACAGUGCUUUUUCAAACCUUGUUGACUGCAAUCUGUAGGAGAAAAUACAUUUUACACAUCUCAAUCUGAUGCAGUUACACACACAUAAAGCUGAAACAUUUUUAUAGCACCAAUAUUCUUUGUUUUUUGUUAUUUAUCGAGGUGAAACUCACAUGGCGUACAUUAGCCAUGAAAAUGUUCCAAAACAUUUUCAUUGCCCUAAGGAAACCCCAUAUUCAUUAAGCAGUCACUCCCCAUUCCCACCCCCCAUCCCCAGCCUUUGACACACACCAAUCUGCUUACUGUCUGUAUGGACCAAUACUCUUAUGACAUAUGAUGCCCCUCUGAUGUUUUCUAUUCUAUUUUAUUCUGUUUCAUUGAAAAAUUGGCCAAGGCCCACCACACUGAUUUCCCAACCCACUAAUGCAGUGCUGCCCAUUGAAAUCACCUGGAGAACUUUAAAAGAGUCUGAUGCCUGGGCCUCACCCCCAGAGAUUCUGAAGUGAUUUCCGGAUUUCUAGAAGCUCCCAGGUAAUGCUAUCUGUAGCUGAAGCAACGACCACUAACUGAAGGUGUCUCCUCAGUUUGGAAAACACUGGAAUGAGCCAGGGCAAUCCAGGAACAAGAGGGACACAGAGAUACCAAGGUGGGGACGUGAAAUUUAGAUACUGAGAUACCCCUCUGCAGACUUAAGGGGUCAGCCCUCUGAGACAAACAGGGAGAUAUGCAAGUUACCCUCAGAGAGACAGCCCCAAAUUACCUGCAGACAAGAAAUAGAAAAUCAGACACAGGAGGGCAGGAAGAUACCCAGAAAUGAGACAGAGACACCAGCCAGGCCGACCCAGGGUCCCUUUAGUUCACCACACACUUUUCUUUCAGCUCACCCGUUCUCCAGGACCAGCCCUGCCCUUCUGGCCAGGGCCCAGACCCAGGCCCUGGGAGGCCGAGCCCCUCACCUGUCCUGGCCCCAGAGAAGCUGUCCCGCCACCUAUCCCCCUUCCCUGGCCUGGUGGGGCCUGGCUGAGGGGCAAGACUGAGCCAAGGGGGAAGGGGGAAUCCGUACCUGCUGCUGCUUCCUCUGUCUUGGCUAACCCCUGUCCCCCCGGAACCCCUAACCAUACUCGAAGAGUUCCCAAAGCCUGAGACCAGGGCAUUUGGCCCCAGCUCCCCGCCAUUGCGAGUACGUGUUAUUUAUUGCCCGGAGGCCUGUCCCAUCCCCACUCCACCCCCAUAAAGCAUUGUUUACACCUGUG